GUGGGACCCCCUGGAAGAUUUGGUCCCCCCCAAUGUUGACUCCAUGGCUACGGCUUUGGUGAAAUGCCAGAUGUUUUAUGAGAUUGAGAUCCAUUGCUUGGACGAACUCAAUGCUGAUAUUAAAAUCGAAUCACUUAUUGCAGGCAUUGUAAGAAACACCGCUGCAGGCAUAACCGUGUGAAGAAUGGCCUUGAUGACCACGCCGAUGCAUCCACUCCCACCACGGCAUCACCGGUGGUGCAGGAAGGUGGUGCAGACACCUCAUGUGGAAAGGUAAUAAUCAUCACCAUCAUCGUCUCACACGAGCACACAAUCUCGUGCAUUCAGCCACAUGGUAACCAGCAUAGAACACAUCCACCACGGAGAUGGAAUUAUAAAAUAAGUUUAUGUGCAGGUGCCAGCUAGACUCUUUUGCAUCGUCGGACUGUGAGAGGAUUAUUUUGAAUUUUCGGACUGUGAGAGGGAGUGACAGAUUGGGGAGGCCUUCAUCCAACAUCAGAUUAACUAUGGCUGAUGAUUAUAUAAGUGACAAUUGUUGAAUGAUUCCUCUGUCAUCGUAUCAUCACCAGCUAUUUUCUAUCCGCUCCCAAUUGACGGCCCGACACACAUCAUCACCACCCAUCACAGUCACGCAAUGCCACAAUGUAUCCGACUCCUGCACGGGAACUGAACUCAUUGAUCCAUCUCUGCGGUGGCCGUACUCUUUCCUUUUUGGCUGCCAUUCAAUUACCAAUCCCGUCCAUCAGUUCUCGCAAUGUAUCCUGCACAAUCCCGUUUAUCGGAACGGCCAAUUGGAUGGUUCAAACGUGACUUUAUACGCGUCUUGGUGCACACUUUAGCUUGUGUUCCCCUACCACUGCACUGCACGUGUGCACUCUCUACCUGGUGCGUAAACCAUGAACGUGAUUCCCUCGACAGGAGGCGCUGGCAGAGGGCCAGGUCAUUGUGCCGCUCUCCCCACUUGACAUCACUGGACGACCAUUGCCCCAUGGGGAUGGCGAGCCCCCCCACGCCUCCGCUGACAACCCCCUUCUCCUGGUCGUGGAGAAGGGACCCAGCGAGGAGGAGGCGAAGCGACGCGACAAUGAGCCGGAAGUCAGCUCUGAGAAUGUUAUCCUCGAGAUCAUCACUGAGGAGCGUUUCUCUGGAAUCGCGAACAGCGGUGAUGGUGGCGAGGAUGCACCGCGUCUGGCACGCGAGUGCGAGCCGCUGGAGCAAGGUGAGGCGUCGUUUCCUCUGUUAUAACGGGUUGCGUGUGGAUCCCCGGUUAUAAUGGACCGUGUGUGAGUCUUUGGUUAUAAGCGGUCAUGUGUGGGACCCUGGUAAUUAUGACCCAUAUGUGGAACCCUGGUUAUAAUGUGUGUUGUGUGGGUCCCUGGUUCUAACGGGCUGCGUGUGGAACCCUGGUUAUAAUGUGUGUUGUGUGGGUCCCUGGUUCUAACGGGCUGCGUGUGGAACCCUGGUUAUAAUGUGUGUUGUAUGGGUCCCUGCUUCUAACGGGCUGCGUGUGGAACCCUGGUUAUAAUGUGUGUUGUGUGGGUCCCUGGUUCUAACGGGCUGCGUGUGGAACCCUGGUUAUAAUGUGUGUUGUGUGGGUCCCUGGUUCUAACGGGCUGUUUGUGGAACCCUGGUUAUAAUGCGUGUUGUAUGGGUCCCUGCUUCUAACGGGCUGCGUGUGGAACCCUGGUUAUAAUGUGUGUUGUAUGGGUCCCUGCUUCUAACGGGCUGUGUGUUGCAUUGAUUGCCACAGCGGGUGGAGAUUGGGCGGAGGGCAGCGUCCCGCAGCGCCGUCACCAAGAGCUGCAGCGCCACUUGGCGGAGACGGUGGAGAGACUGAAGGAGCUCAACGGCAACCAGGACCUCAAGACCAAGGUCAUGAAGUUCGAGCUGGCCAAGGCCUCGUCACUGCCCAUCAACCAGAUCUCCAACACGUCUGGUUCUCACCUGCGCGUCAUCACCGGCAAGCUGGACUUGCUGUUGAGCGGCACGGCCGUCGUGUCGGGCACGCGCUCCACCAGCGUGUCGGACCACCCGCAGGGCCUGCUCUACGUCCUGCACCGGGUGGCUGAGAGGCUCGUGAAGCAGAGCGAGGAGGAGGUGGGGUGGAACCACGCGGCGGUGUUCCCCAUCGCGGCUGUCACCGUGGAACUGUGGCACCGCCACCCAGCCCUCGGGGAGCUCCUGCUUGCUCACCUGCUCAGCAAGUGCCCCUACAUGGGCCCCGUCUUCCCUCGUCCCACGCCUGGGCAGAGCCAGGAGGACGCUUUCAGGAUCCUCGGUUACCGCUUCGAGGAUGGGAGAGUAGAGAACGAAGACUUGUUUCUCCAGAGAAUGUCGGGCAUGGCGCGCAUGUACGCGGCCAUCAUCUCCGCGCCCGUGCCCCCCUCCAGUGGCAACAAGAGCCACCCCCACGGCAUGAGUCACGGCUGGACCUGGCUCAUGCAGGUCCUGGAUAUGGAGCCCAUGGCCAAUGUCACCCCCACGGUGCUCUUCAGCUUUCUGGAGGUGGCAGGUAAUGCAAUGGCGAUUGAAUACGGCGAUCAGCUCUGGGAGCUGCUCGAUGGGUUAAGGAAAGAAUACAUCCCAAGGUACCUCUCGCCCGGUGGCAGUCUCGUCUCCAUCUCACCUUCACGAAGCCAUUUAUAUUUGCACGUGUUCCUUGCAUUGACGAUUUGCUUUCUACUGUUUUUAUGUUGUGGCAAUAGACUGAAUCACCUUGUCAAGUAACCAGCUAAUAUCAAAGUAACAUUGCACUUGUACAUACAGAAGGGUCCUUGCACCGCCAUAAUUUUCCCCUGCGGAUCAUAAACUUUGGCUCUUGGAAGACUCUUGACCAGCCCAGUUUUCCACCCACAGCAAUUUGCAGGGAGGCGGUAGCGAUGCGAUCGACGUGACUGUGAAGUCAGCUGUCGACAGCAGGCUCCCGUUACAGUGUGUCUCUGAACGAGCUUAAAGCUGUGGUUGGUGAUGGUCACCGGUUAAGGACUGGAGCCAGAAGUUUGUAAGAAUCGAUGGAUGCGCAACUAAACUCGCUGCAUCUGUUCUUGUCCUGCAGAAUCGAGAAAGUAUCCAUCCCGCAGCAGAUGGGAACUGUGGUCAGACUGAGGCUGUUCCUCGAGGUACCGGCUUUGACCACACAAC